AUGGUUGGAGGCUUCGGGCAGCCGAAGUCCUUUCAUGUCUUUCUCCAGCGGCCCGUUCACCGUGACUACCUCAAGGGCGGAAGCGAAGUCGUGGAGAAGCUCCGCGGUGUCGCUGUUAUUGUGAGCAUUCUCAGCGGACCUGGCGACGGCGCGCGCCAAGAAGUCCUUGAGGCGGCAACACAAGCAGGCGUAAAGAGAUUCUAUCCCUCUACAAACGGGUUCACCCAGCUCUACAGAGCUCCGGGAAAGCCCGGCGCAUAUACACGCCCUUUGGAACUACAAGGAGAGCUUCGCCAUGCACAUCAGGCUUCAGCCCGCUGUCUCGCCGGCGAAAGAGAAUACACGUUCAUAGGCGCAGGAAAUAUCGUAGACAUGAAGUGUAACGGAACCAUAACGGAACCAUGCUGGUGCCCAUGGACGCAAGACCGCGCUUCCUACGAAGUCUCGGUGAUCGGCACCGGUGACGCCCCGAUGGACUGGUCCUACAGGAAAGACCUCGCACGCUACACCGUCGCAAGCCUCGCGAAACCUGGCCUGUCCAAGAACACGCAGCUCAACGUCCCGAGCGAUACGCUCUCGCAGAACGACAUGGUCGAGCUCUUCCGCAAGUAUGCCGGCGCAAAGGGCCGCACGGUCGCCGUGCGCAAGCUCUGGAUGGACGACGGGCACCGGUUCAUCGCGAACGAGGCGGAGGCCCCGGCUGAGAUCGCCGCGAACUCGGGAAUCCCAGUCGACUUCAUCGGAAGACCGCCCCCCCUGUCCGUCCAAGAGGCCUUCUUUAAGAAGGAGCGUCACUGGCAUUUGUUUCCUGAGGUGAAGAAGACUACGUUCGAAGACUAUCUGAAAGAGAGGUCUGGAGAGCUGGACUAG